AUGCCAGCAAUGGCUCCGCUUGAUAAACCGCCUCCACUCUGGGAGGAAGAGGGUGUAGGCUCACUGGGAGAUAACGUGGGAGGAGGUGGGGAGAGGUUUGGCACCGGCGAUGUGGAGGGGUUUGGCACUGGCGAUGGGGAGGGCGUUGGCACUGGCGAUGGGGAGGGUGUUGGCACUGGCGAUGGGGAGGGUGUUGGCACUGGCGAUGGGGAGGGUGUUGGCGAUGGUGAUGGGGAGGGUUUCGGCACUGGCAAUGGGGAGGGUACAAUUACAUGUUAG